AUUUGUAUUUCAGCCAUGAAGGAGAAGGACAUAGAGGCAAAGCUACGUCAAGUGACAAACGAAUGGUCUGUUCACGAACUUACGUUUCAAACGUUUAACAACCGCGGCGAACUUCUUCUACGAGGCGACACUACUGCCGAAACUAUCGGUCAGCUCGAAGAUAGCCUCAUGAUCCUUGGCUCUUUGCUAUCAAACAGAUACAAUGCUCCGUUCAGGAAGCAAAUCCAACAAUGGCUUUACGAUUUGCAAAGCACGAACGAAAUCUUAGAGCGGUGGCUUCUCGUGCAGAACAUGUGGGUUUACUUGGAAGCAGUGUUCGUGGGGGGUGACAUUGCAAAGCAAUUGCCUAAGGAAGCUAAGCGAUUUUCGAAAAUAGAUAAAUCGUGGCAGAAAAUUAUGCAGCGAGCUCACGAAACUCCCGGUGUGGUCUCGUGCUGUGUUGGCGAUGACCUGCUUCGGCAAUUGCUGCCACAUCUACAAGAGCAGCUCGAGUUGUGUCAAAAGAGUCUCAGCGGGUACUUGGAAAGGAAACGUACUAUGUUUCCGAGGUUUUUCUUCGUAUCAGAUCCUGCUUUACUCGAAAUAUUAGGACAAGCGUCAGACUCUCACACUAUACAGAAUCAUCUGUUGUCAAUAUUUGAUAACAUUCGAUAUGUAAAAUUUCACGAUAUCGAGUACAACAAAAUGAUAGCUAUAAUAUCAUCGGAGGGUGAAGAGAUAAAGUUGGAGCGUCCCGUGAGGGCUGAAGGCUCGGUGGAGACGUGGCUGACCUCGCUACUUCAAUCCGCUCAGAGUAGCCUACACUCGAUCAUUCGCAAUGCCGUAUCGCUCAUCAAUGACCCGGCUUUCAACCUACUAUUAUUUUUAGACAAAAUGCCUGCCCAAAUCGGGCUUUUAGGGAUCCAAAUAAUAUGGACAAGAGACGCGGAGGCCGCCCUCAUGCAGGCCCGUCAAGACAAGAAGAUCAUGUCUGAUACCAAUAACAAAUUCCUGGAACUUCUUAACACCCUCAUAGAUCAGACGACGAGAGAUCUGCUCAAGAUCGAAAGGAUCAAAUUUGAAACAUUGAUCACCAUUCACGUGCAUCAGCGAGAUAUCUUUGAUAUGCUGUGCCGUCUUAAUGUUCGUUCUGCAAACGACUUCGAAUGGCUGAAGCAAUGCCGGUUCUACUUCAAAGAGGACACGGACAAGACCUGGAUAUCGGUGACAGACGUCACGUUCACUUACCAGAACGAAUAUCUGGGAUGUACCGAGAGGCUUGUUAUUACUCCCUUAACUGACAGAUGUUACAUUACAUUAGCCCAAGCCCUCGCCAUGAGCAUGGGCGGGGCUCCAUGCGGCCCUGCGGGGACCGGCAAAACGGAAACGGUCAAAGACAUGGGGAAAACUCUGGCCAAAUACGUCGUCGUCUUCAACUGUUCGGAUCAAAUGGAUUACAGAGGCCUCGGUCGGAUAUAUAAAGGUUUGGCGCAAUCCGGUUCCUGGGGAUGUUUUGAUGAAUUCAAUCGCAUCGAAUUGCCGGUACUAUCAGUGGCCGCACAACAGGUAGCCGUGGUGCUCGCAGCUAAAAAGGAAAAAAAGAAAUCCUUCAUAUUUACUGAUGGCGACACGUCAGACAUGUGUCCCGAAUUCGGGAUAUUCAUAACUAUGAACCCAGGGUACGCCGGUCGCAAAGAGCUCCCAGAAAACCUCAAGAUCCAAUUUCGCACUGUAGCCAUGAUGGUCCCCGACAGACAAAUUAUCAUUAGAGUAAAAUUAGCCUCUUGUGGCUUCUUAGAGAAUAUUACUCUGGCCAGAAAGUUUUACACGCUAUACAAAUUGUGUGAGGAACAAUUAACAAAACAAGUCCAUUACGAUUUCGGCCUCCGGAACAUCCUAUCGGUUCUACGUACUUUAGGCGCAGUCAAACGAGUAAACUCGAAGGAUAAUGAAAGUACAAUUGUCAUGAGAGUGCUCAGAGACAUGAAUCUGUCCAAGUUGAUAGAUGAAGAUGAGCCCCUGUUCAUAUCUUUAGUGGCCGACCUUUUCCCGAAUCAGAUGUUAGAGAAGACUACUUAUAUAGAAUUAGAAGAAGCAAUAAAGAAACAGGUGGAUUUGUCUGGUUUGAUAAACCAUCCACCAUGGAUUUUGAAAAUAAUACAGUUAUACGAGACACAGCGUGUACGUCAUGGAAUAAUGACAUUGGGUCCACCCGGAGCCGGGAAAACUACGUGUAUCCACACUCUCAUGAGCGCACUAUCAGAAAUCGAAAAUCCACACAGAGAGAUGCGGAUGAACCCAAAAGCAAUUACGGCAGCGCAAAUGUUUGGUCGCCUCGACGUUGCAACCAAUGAUUGGACCGAUGGAAUAUUUUCCGCCCUAUGGAGGAAAACCCUCAAAAUUAAAACUGGAGAGAAUAUCUGGUUGGUAUUGGAUGGCCCUGUGGACAGCAUUUGGAUAGAAAAUUUGAACUCUGUGCUAGAUGAUAAUAAAACUUUGACAUUGGCCAACGGAGAUCGUCUCACAAUGUCCCCUACUUCGAAAGUAUUAUUUGAACCUGAAAACAUAGACAACGCUUCACCAGCCACUGUAUCUAGAAAUGGAAUGGUGUACAUGAGCUCAUCCGGACUGGAUUGGGAUCCAGUUUUCCGCGCCUGGUUGAUGACACGUUCGACUAGAGAAGCAGAAGUUUUCUGUUCUCUUUUCGAACAAACUUUCCCUAUAGUGUAUACUUGGUGCACUCAGAAUCUAAAUUUCAGUAUGCGAGUAUUGCAGAGCAAUAUUAUUUUACAAAUGCUUAAUCUUCUCGAAGGUCUAGUGCCGCCACAAAUUGUUGAAACAGAGGAACCUUCGGCUAGCAAAUCUGUAAACGGAGACAUGGAGGACGAUGAAGAAAAAGAAAAGGCCGAAGAAAUUGUUUUGUUCACGCCUGAACAUUUACAUAAAAUUUAUGUUUUCGUUUUAAUUUGGGGUUUUGGAUCCCUUUUCGAAACGAACGACAGAAUCAAAUUUGACGGAUACUUGAAAAGUAACUUCCGUGAAAUACUCGAACUUCCAAAACAUCCGAACAAUAAACCUUUUGUGGUUUUCGAUUUUUACGUCAAACAACCUGGAAAAUGGGAACUUUGGGAUGAUUUAGUGAUGAAUUACCAAUACCCGGAUACUGCAACACCAGAUUAUUCAACGAUUCUCGUUCCUAUAGUUGAUAACGUUCGAAUUAAUUAUCUCAUUCACUGUAUAGCCAAACAGGGAAAAGCAGUUCUAUUAUUGGGCGAACAAGGAUCUGCAAAAACGGUUAUGAUGAAAGCGUAUAUGAAAAACGCGAACCCGGAACAGUUUAUGGGUCGGUCCUUCAAUUUCUCUUCAGCUACGAGUCCGUACCAAUUCCAAAAAACAAUUGAAAGCUAUGUAGAAAAACGUAGUGGAAUGACAUUCGGUCCCCCGGGUGGAAAAAAAAUGUUGGUAUUUAUUGAUGACAUAAAUUUACCGCAAAUUAAUGAAUGGGGCGAUCAAAUUACCAAUGAAAUAGUUAGACAAACUAUGAGCAUGGGAGGAUUCUAUAGUUUGGAGAAACCAGGCGAUUUUACUACUAUAGUAGAUAUUCAAUUCUUAGGAGCUAUGGGACAACCGGGUGGCGGUAGAAACGAUAUACCAUCGAGGUUAAAACGACAAUUUGCCAUAUUUAACUGCCCUUUGCCAAAUAACGAGUCAAUAGAUAAGAUUUUCAAGGUGAUUGGUGAAGGUCACUACAACGCCAAGCGUGGUUUUGCGAUGGAAGUUCGGUCUUUGAUUAAGAAAAUUAUUCCACUAACAAGAGAACUUUGGAUGCGGACAAGACAAAAUUUAUUACCUACGCCAGCGAAAUUUCACUAUGUAUUUUCUUUGAGAGACUUAUCGAGAGUGUGGCAAGGUAUGGUGGGUACGUUGCCGACAGUUAUCGAAUCUGAAAAAUGUCUCAUGUUACUGUGGAAACACGAAUGCUCCCGAGUUUUCUCGGACAGAUUUACGCAUCAGUCAGACAAAGAUUGGUUCAAUAAGGCCUUGUACGGAGUUGCUGAAGAGAUUCUGGGUAUGGAAUACCGAAAAAUGAUGGAACGAGAACCCGUUUUUGUUGAUUUUAUGAGAGAUGCUCCAGAGCCAACCGGGGAAGAAGGUGAAGAUGCAGAUAUGGAACUUCCGAAGGUUUACGAACCUGUUUUUGAUUACAAUGAACUAAGAGAACGACUUGAAAUGUUCUUGUCGCAAUUUAAUGAAAUGGUGCGAGGGUCUGGUAUGGACUUGGUAUUUUUUCCAGACGCUAUGUUUCAUCUAGUCAAAAUAUCUAGAGUUAUAAGGCAUCCCAGAGGAAACGUUAUGCUCGUUGGAGUGGGAGGAUCUGGUAAACAAUCUUUGACUAAGUUAUCAACAUUCAUUGCUGGAUACAGAUCCUUUCAAAUUGCUUUAACCAGAUCCUAUAAUGUUGGCAACUUUUUGGAAGAUUUGAAACUACUCUACAGAUCAUGUGGUGUUCAAGGCAAAGGAACAACAUUUAUCUUCACAGACUUAGAUAUCAAAGAAGAAGGUUUUCUGGAAUAUUUAAAUAAUAUUCUUUCAUCUGGUGUUAUUUCUAAUUUAUUUACCAAAGAUGAGCAACAAGAAAUUAUAUCUGAACUUACUCCUAUAAUGAAGAGAGAAAAUCAGAAACGAUCACUCACCAACGAACUCGUUAUGGAGUACUUCCUGAAUAGAACCUGUCAGAAUCUUCAUGUUGUACUAUGCUUUUCGCCAGUGAGCGAAGCCUUCAGGUAUCGCGCUCUGCGUUUUCCUGCAUUAAUAUCUGGAUGCACGAUUGACUGGUUUCAACCUUGGCCGAAAGAUGCCCUUGUUUCUGUAGCUGACCAUUUUCUUGCUGAAUUCGAAAUAGAAUGCACCAAAGAAGUCAAAAAGGAACUCGUUACAGUCUUGGGUACUAUUCAAGAUGUCGUCUCAAAUGUGUCCGUAGAAUACUUCCAAAGAUUCCGCAGAUCAUCUCACGUCACUCCAAAAUCGUACUUGAGCUUCAUCGGUGGAUACAAAACGAUCUAUCAAAUGAAACAGAAAGAAUUAGGUGACGGUGCCUUACGAAUGGAUACAGGUUUAGAAAAAUUAAGGGAAGCAUCGAUUUCUGUGGAAGUUUUGAAAAAAGAUUUAGCCGUGAUGGAGCAAGAUUUGGCUUUGGCGUCUGAAAAAGCAGAUCGUGUUUUGACCGAAGUAACAGAAAGAGCUAUGCAAGCGGAAAUCGUUAAAAAUCAAGUACAGAUUGUUAAAGAAAAGGCUGAAGCUUUAGUGGCAUAUAUCGCUGAAGAAAAAGAAAAAGCCGAAUUAAAAUUAGAGGCAGCAAAACCAGCUCUAGAAGAAGCUGAAGCUGCAUUGAACACCAUUAAGCCAGCUCACAUAGCUACAGUCAGGAAACUUGGUCGACCGCCACAUUUGAUCAUGCGUAUCAUGGACUGCGUUUUAAUUUUAUUUCAAAGGCGAUUGCAUCCAGUUAUAUCUGACACUGCAGCACCUUGUCCGAAACCAUCCUGGGCUGAAUCUUUAAAGAUGAUGGCGAGUACGACAUUUUUGUUACAACUUCAAAACUAUCCCAAGGAUAUUAUAAAUAAUGAGAUGGUUGAACAUCUUGUACCAUAUUUCGAGAUGGAAGAUUACAAUAUGGAUACAGCGAAACGAGUUUGCGGUGAUGUUGCUGGCUUACUUUCUUGGACUAAAGCCAUGGCUUUCUUUCAUAGUGUUAAUAAAGAAGUAUUACCAUUAAAAGCAAACCUCAUGCUUCAAGAAGCAAGAUUGAAGGUAGCUAUGGAUGAUUUAGCAUCAGCAGAAAGACAAUUAGAAGAACGGGAGAUGUCCCUAAGGAAGGUGAAAGAACAAUAUGAAUCGGCCGUAUCGGAGAAGCAACAACUGACAGAUGCUGCUAACGUUUGUUUAAGAAAAAUGACGGCUGCUACGGCACUUAUAAAUGGUCUCGGCGGUGAGAAAAUUAGAUGGACACAGCAGAGCAAAGAUUUCAAAGAGCAAUUGGGAAGAUUAGUCGGAGAUGUAGUUCUUGCAACGGGAUUCUUAUCUUACUGUGGACCAUAUAACCAGGAAUUCAGGAAUAGUCUUCUUAACACAUGGAUGGGAAUACUGAAAAGCAAACAAAUACCCGUCACGCAUGAUUUGAACAUUACAAAUAUGUUAGUGGAAAAUGCAACCAUAUCAGAAUGGACGCUACAAGGACUUCCUAACGAUGAUUUAUCGGUACAAAACGCUUUGAUUGUCACUAAAUCUAGUUCUUAUCCUUUACUAGUAGAUCCUCAAAGUCAAGGCAAAAAUUGGAUUAAAAACAAAGAAGGCUCAAAUGAAUUACAAAUCACAUCGUUGAAUCAUAAAUAUUUCAGGACUCAUUUGGAAGAUAGCCUAUCACUCGGCAGACCUCUGCUCAUAGAAGACGUUGGUGUGGAAUUAGACCCAGUCAUUGAUAAUGUUUUGGAAAAAAACUUUAUAAAGUCCGGUUCGAUAGAAAAAGUCAUUGUAGGUGACAAAGAAUGUGAUGUGAUGCCUGGAUUCAUGCUGUACAUUACAACAAAAUUACCUAAUCCAGCAUACUCACCUGAAAUAAGUGCUAAAACUUCAAUCAUCGACUUCACAGUUACAAUGCAAGGCUUGGAAGACCAACUACUAGGAAGAGUUAUUCUCAUGGAAAAAUCUGAUCUUGAAGAAGAAAGGGUGGCUCUAUUCGAAUCUGUUAUGAAGAACCAAAGAAGUAUGAAAGAGCUAGAAAGCAAUUUGCUUUGUCGUUUAACUUCUUCUGAAGGCUCCCUAGUCGAUGAUGAAGCUUUGAUUCAAGUAUUACAGAUAACCAAAACAACAGCCGAAGAAGUAAACGAAAAGUUGAAAGUCGCUGAAGUAACAGAAAAGAAAAUAAUUAAAGCCAGAGAAGAAUUUAGAGCAGUGGCCGCCCGUGGAUCCAUUCUUUACUUCUUAAUUGUAGAAAUGAGCAAUGUCAAUUUAAUGUACCAAAAUUCACUGAAACAAUUUCUUACUAUAUUCGACAAUUCUAUCACCAAAUCUACAAAGAGUAAUGUUACAGAGGAACGUAUCAAUAUUAUAUUGAAAUAUUUGACUCAUGAGGUUUGGGCAUUCACAUUACGUAGUUUAUAUGAGCGGCACAAGGCUUUGUUCACAUUAAUGUUGGCAAUGAAGAUUGAUUACCAGCGUGAAUUGAUAUCGCACGACGAAUUUAUGGCAUUCAUCAAAGGCGGAGCGUCUUUAGAUUUGAACGCUGUUACUCCUAAGCCAUUCAGGUGGAUAUUGGAUAUAACGUGGCUGAAUUUGGUUGAAAUUAGUAAACUGAAGACAUUUUCGGACGUUCUCUCCAAGAUUUCGACAAAUGAGAAAGAAUGGAGAGUGUGGUACGAAAAAGCCAAGCCAGAGGAAGAAAUAAUUCCUAGUGGAUACAACGACAGCCUUGAUGUUUUCCGAAAACUCCUGCUCAUUAGAUCCUGGAGUCCAGAUCGAACUUUAUCGCAAGCUCGAAAAUACAUUGUGGAUUCUUUGGGUCCGGAAUAUGGAGAAGGACGGAUUUUAAACUUGGAGACAACAUGGGAAGAAUCAGAACCGAGGACGCCUUUGAUUUGUAUUCUUUCAAUCGGCUCUGACCCCUCCACUCAAAUUGCUUCACUAGCAAAAUCGAAAGAAAUAAUUUUAAAAGCAGUAUCGAUGGGUCAAGGUCAAGAAAUUGUUGCUAGAAAAAUGAUCUCGGAUUCUAUGAACGAAGGAGGAUGGGUUCUGCUACAAAACAUUCACUUAUCAUUGCCUUUCUGCGUCGAGGCCAUGGAUGCUCUGAUUGAAACCGAACACAUUCAAGAAUCAUUCAGAUUAUGGCUAACAACAGAAGUACAUACAGAAUUUCCAAUUGGUCUGCUACAGAUGGCCAUUAAAUUCACAAAUGAACCGCCUCAAGGGAUAAGAGCCAGUAUGAAAAGAACAUACCAGAAUAUAACUCAAGACACUUUAGACUACUCCUCCUUAUCGCAGUGGCCACCGCUUUUAUAUGCUGUAGCAUUUUUGCACACGAUAGUACAGGAAAGAAGAAAAUUUGGACCCUUAGGGUGGAACAUUCCUUACGAAUUCAACCAAGCAGACUACGCUGCAAGCGUUCAAUUUAUUCAGAACCAUUUAGAUGAAAUCGACCCUAAGAAAGGGAUAUCAUGGCCCACGAUAUGUUACAUGCUCGGUGAGGUGCAGUACGGCGGGAGAGUGACAGACGAUUUUGAUAAACGUUUACUUACGACCUUCACAAACGUAUGGUUUUGCGAUGUUCUACUACGACCAGGUUUUGAAUUCUACAAAGGCUACAAAGUCCCGCAAACAAGGAACUUACACGGAUACGUCGAUUAUAUAAAUCAAUUACCAUUGACGGACACUCCGGAAGUAUUCGGCUUACACGGCAACGCUGAUAUUACUUAUCAAAUCAAUAGCGCUAAAGAUAUUCUCGAUACAAUAUUGAACGUCCAACCAAAAGAAGGAGGCAGUCAGGGUGGUGAAACCAGGGAAAGUAUUGUGUACCGUUUGGCUGAAGACAUGCUUGAGAAAUUACCAAAACAGUAUGUGUCAUUCGAAGUGCGCGAAUCAUUACAAAAAAUGGGCGCGUUUCUUCCGAUGAAUAUUUUUUUGAGACAGGAGAUCGAUAGAAUUCAACGCGUCAUCAAGACUGUUCACUCGACACUCUGUGACUUGAAGCUAGCCAUAGACGGCACCAUAAUCAUGAGUCAAGGGUUACGUGAGUCCCUUGACGCGAUGUACGAUGCGAGGAUCCCUCAAAAUUGGUUAAAGGUUUCAUGGGAAUCUGCUACUCUUGGUUUCUGGUAUACGGAGCUGUUGGAACGGGAACAACAAUACCGCAUUUGGCUGAAGAAUGGACGACCAAACGCUUUCUGGAUGACCGGCUUCUUUAACCCUCAAGGCUUCCUCACCGCUAUGAGACAGGAAGUAACACGAAGCCACAAAGGUUGGGCUUUAGACUCUGUCGUGCUUCAGAACCACAUAACCAAAUUAAAUAAAGAAGAUGUGCAUGAAGGGCCAGCAGAAGGCGUCUACGUCUACGGUCUGUUUCUAGAAGGCGCCUCGCUGGACCGAAAAUCUGGGAAACUGAUCGAGUCUAAACCCAAAGUUCUAUACGAACAGAUGCCAGUAAUCUAUAUAUUCGCGAUCAACACGACGGCUGGAAAAGAUCCUAGACUCUACGAAUGUCCUAUAUACAGAAAACCGCAGAGAACUGACGCCAAAUAUGUCGGGUCCAUAGAUUUUGAAACCGAUAGUAAUCCGCGACACUGGACCCUCAGAGGAGUAGCGUUGCUGUGUGAUAUCAAAUAAAUUCACGAAUGUCACAAAACAAUCCUCAAUAAAAUGUUUGCUUACAUGGAAA